AUGGGAUGUGCAUGGAGUGAACCAGCUAAAGUCCAGCAAGAUAAGAGUAGGGCUAUAGAGAAGCAAAUACGACAAGAUGCGGAAAAGUCAAUGAAAGAGGUCAAGUUACUUCUUCUUGGCGCUGGUGAGUGUGGAAAGUCGACAGUUUUAAAACAGAUGAAAAUAAUCCAUGGUGAAGGUUACAGAGAAGAAGAGAGAAAAGAGUACAAACCGAUCAUUUUUGCUAACACCGUUCAGUCAAUGGUAAAAAUACUUAAAGCAAUGGAGUCACUAGAUAUAACGGCAGAUGGUUUUGACCAAGCCGAUGAGUUAAAGCACCUUAACGGAUAUUUAGCUACAGUUGAAGAAGGAGAUUUUCCUGAGGAUUUAUCAAAGCUAUUACUGAAACUAUGGAACAACACAAGUGUGCAGAAAUGUUUCGCUCGUUCCAAGGAAUACCAAUUGAAUGAUUCCGCAGGCUACUACCUCGGUUCUAUUGACAGAAUAUCUGCUCCUGAUUAUUUACCAACUGAACAAGAUGUAUUGAGAUCUAGAGUGAAGACAACAGGUAUAGUCGAAACGAACUUUCGGUUCAAGGAUCUAGACUUUAAAGUUUUUGAUGUCGGUGGACAACGUGCUGAACGUAAAAAAUGGUUACAUUGUUUCGAGGGUGUUACAGCUAUUUUAUUUAUAGUUGCUAUGUCAGAAUAUGAUUUAAAAUUAGCUGAAGAUCAAACAACUAAUAGAAUGCAUGAAUCAUUACAAUUAUUUGAUUCUAUAUGUAAUAGUCAAUGGUUUGUUGAAACAAGUAUUAUAUUAUUUUUAAAUAAAAAAGAUUUAUUUGCUGAAAAAAUACAAAAAUCUCCCUUGACAAUUUGUUUUCCUGAAUAUACCGGAGGACAAAUUUAUGAAGAGGCAUCAAAUUAUAUUCGAGAAAAAUUUGAAGAUGUAAAUCGUAGAAAAACCACGAAGACAAUUUAUACACAUUUUACAUGUGCUACUGAUAAUAAUAAUAUAAGAGUUGUAUUUGAUGCUGUUAUAGAUGUAAUUAUUAAAUCAAAUUUAAAAGAUUGCGGUUUAUUUUAAAU